AUGGUCGAGUGCUUUGGCCCACCAGACACGUGCAACUUGCGUCUUCGAUUCUCUGAGGCUACUGAGCUGUUGGGAGACGCCUCCCUGGUUUGUGCCUUCAGCCAGAACCUAGAGGAGCGACUCUUCGGGGGCGGGGCAGCGCACUCGAGGGAGGAGUUCUUUGAUGCUCUACCAGGCGAAGGACUUUGCCUGCAGCGAGGUGACUUGCCGGCCUGGAGGCGCAUCUUGGCAGAACUGCACGGCACCCCACUACGAGACCUUCAUGGACCGGUGGCUGCGCCACCACUUUGUCUUCAGGACAUCGGAGUCAUUUGCUUCUGUGCUCCCACAGUGGCUGAUGUUCGUCUACUUGCACAAUCGAGAAGCGGAGUGGUGUGGGAGCUGCUGUGCGACGGCAAAGCCUUGUGUGAUGCUUCGCCGUUCUUUGCAGCCGCUCUGCGCCAGAACUGUUGGCUCGAGGGCCGUUGUCAAGCAGUUCGGUUCUUGGAGGAGGAUGCGUGGACUUGGUCGCAUCUCCUUGUUCAGCUGCAUGACCUGGCCGAGGAGAGCCUGUCGGAGCUGCGCCAGCUGUGGCCCGAAGCAGCGCACGGCACGCACGGCGCGCAGUCGUGCAGCCGAGAGCUGAUCCAAGAAGAGAUUCUCCGCAUCUCCUUGUGCAAGAAGUACCUUCUCUCUAAAUCAGAGCAGGAGCUCAUGCGGCACUUUCGUCGAGGCGAAUGGGUUCCACACCUGGCCCUUUUGGACGAACACGACUUCAUGAGGAUAGCUAGCGAGCUGCACCUGCACGGCGUGUUGCCGGCCGUCCUGGGACCUUGGUGCUUGGCGCAGGCCGCAUCAAUGGCUCGGCCAGUGCGGCUGCUGUUGGGGGCUGGCGGCAAGUUCUCGCAGACCGUUCUCGACAGUGCAGGGGCAGUCGCCUACAUUGCCAGCGGGCAGUUUUUACGUGCUGUACAAGGCGGCCAAGAGUGCCAAGAGUCUUUGAGCCGCAUUCUGCUACUCCUAGCGGAGCGUGGCUGCCUCGACCUCCUGCAGCACUGCCAGCGCUGGGACUGGCUAGACUCGGCAGAGGAUGCGUGGCACGUCCUAGCCGAGGAUGCGCUCAUGCCGCUGACGCAGCUUCCUGCUUUCCGACAAGAGCUGCGCCAGCCGCGGUUCCGCUCACCGACGCUGGCGGAGGCCCUGGAACCCUUUCCACGGCUUCUGGACGACCUGCUUGAUGCUUGGUUCGGCUUUGGUGAGGGCAAGGGCAGAAUGGCACCGAGCAUUGCAGCUGCAGAGCUUGUGUGCUGGGCGCGCUGCGGCCGCUUCCGGCGCCACCUCCUCCGUUCAUUGGUGGAAGCUUUAACGCCGCAGUCUUUUGCGAGCUUCUCUCGAAUGGCCCCGCUGGAAGAUAUGGAGAUUGGGACCCUGGUCCAGCAGCAGCUUCAAGCAAACCUGACGUCCAUGUGCCAAGCUCCCCUCCUGCAUUCCGAUACGCGAGAUGCUCCCAGCUGGUUGUUGGAUGGGCCUCUGUUGCGGCGUUUUUGGAAGUUUGGGGUACUCAACCCCUACCAGCUUUGCCGCCCUUUGGCCUUUGUCAUUGCACGGCCCUGGCUCCUUCCCAUACGCGUCGGGAUGUUCGGCAUGGAUCUGCUGCGGACCUGGAUGUCCCAUGGCAGUGCUUACUUGGCAUGCCAGCACCGCUGUGCAGUGGAAUAUCAUCACAUCCGUGAAGCUUUUUGCGUGCUUCGGGCGAUCAUCACCGCGGUCUUGUUUUGA